AUGCGUUUUAUUCCAAUUCUUCUUAUUGCUGUUUUGGCAUUCAUUGCCAUCAUCGAAGGUUGUCUCGAGGGAGAUUGUGAGCAUCCGGAAAGAAAUGAAGAGCCACGCAAUGACGGAGGAGAUUUCUUCAACUUCAACGGUGACAACAACAAGGCUGGCUGGGUUUCGGAGGUCACAGGCGUUCCAAACUACAAGGAAUGCAAAUCUGAUAAAGAUUGUCGCCACGACUUCAUGGAAUUGGAAGUUCCUCGCUGCACCGACGGCAAAUGCAACAAUUACACCCCAGAUCCUACUAAAAUUGGUCGUCCAUUCUGA